AUGGAGUCAGAGAGACCGCGACAGAAGAGGGACAAAUUAGAAGGUCCUAAAAGGGAUGCAAUUUUGGACUUACAGAAAUAUCAAAAUCAGAGACUUGUGAUUACCUUUUUGGGAGGAAGGAAAGUGACUGGGGUUUUGAAAGGAUUUGACCAGCUCAUGAACCUUGUUCUGGAUAACUGCUUCGAAACCUUGAGGGAGGAAUGCGAUAGCCAUACUUUGUCAAGUCAAACGCGCCACUUGGGGCUGGUUGUAGUGAGAGGCCCUGUUCUGCUUACCAUAUCACCCUUUGGAGGUUCGGAAGUAAUAGAGAAUCCUUAUCAGACACAAAACAAGGUAAUGCAUUAG